AUGUCUUCAGUACUGCAAAGGCGUAUGCUGUCCAAGGAGGAGGAGGCAGCGGGACAAGAAGUCGAGGUCCGUCGCGAGGACCAGGACAAGAUCAACAGAUUCAGCAGAUUGCAUCAAAGAGAGUUGCUUCUGGAGGAGGAGCUGAAGGCGAAUAAUAAAGAAAAGGAAGAGCUCGACGACCUCUCGACCGAACUCGAGCUCGCCGACGAAGACGAGAAAAUCCAAUACAAGAUUGGCGACGCAUUCUUCCACCUGCCGCUGGAACAGGCCCAAGAAAUGUUGGGCACAGCGACGACUCGAAUCGAAAAGGAUACCGAAGUACUGGAGGAAAAAAUAAGCACCAUCAAGGAGCAAAUGACAGAACUAAAAGUUGACCUGUAUGCAAGAUUUGGCAAGCAGAUCAAUCUCGAAGUAUAG